AUGGCCUUAAGAUUAGCAAGAGUGUUUAGACGCUCAGGGAUGCCCCAGCUAGCUACAAGAGGAAGACCUGCUGCAGACACUGAAGUAGCUGAUGAAAUCCCUCACGAUUUCUACGUAGUAAAAGAUUAUGAAAGAAACUUGUUUUAUGGGCAGCUCUCCCAUGCUCAGAGACCUGGUUAUAAAAAGAGAUAUGAUCCAUUUAAGAAAUUCUCUGAAAGACAAGAACAUGCUUGGACUCCCAGAUAUAGAAACCAACAAUUUGAUGCUGGGACAGGCUGGAUUACCUUCGCUUUUAUUCUUUUAUUGCCUUUUGAAUUUAUUGUGCUUUUCUAUUUGGAAACCAAGUAUAAAAGAUAUCGCUACAACCCAUUGGCUUACAACUUGGGUAUUCCUCAUGAACUCUAG